AUGCCAGUUUCAGAGAGUACAGCAAUUCCUUCAUCGUUGUCAUAUUCACUUGAGUUGGAUCCACUGCUGAGGGAUCUUGUUGAGAAGAAACUGAGCCUGAAGAGGAAUGUGACUGCAAUGGCUACCGAGCUCAAGGAUGCCAGGAACAGGCUUGCUUCACAGGAACUGUUGCUGGCUCAGGAAUUAGAAGCCAGAAAGGUUGCUGAGCUAAAGGCGAAAAAUUUGGAGGAUGAGGUGAGCAAACUGCAGAAAUGCUUAGAGGACAAAGAUGAGCAGCUGCGUGCAUCGUUAUGCAGCACUGAGCAGCUGAAUGCUAAGAACAACUUGAUGACUGAGGGUGAAUUUCCGGUGAACAAUGUAGCAGAACAGCUCAAUCAACUUCACAAGUACCUCGAGAGCAGGGAUCCCUCACUAAGACAAUUCAAAGAUUGUUACUCUUCGAGAACCGAGUCUGACAUCACGGAUGCAUUUGCCAAAGAUGGAUCUGAUAACGUGAACGAGAUUCUGAGGACCCAUUCUGAUGUUCCAUCAAAGAACAGCGAGAACAUUAACCAGGAUUUGGUUUUUGAGGACGAUGGUGUGGCCAAGCUGAGACAGGGUAUAAGGGUGCUAUCUGCUCACUGGGAAAACAGAAGCAAGGAACUGGAAUCACAGUUGCACAAGCAUCGGAGGACAGCCCAGGAGAUGAAGAGGAGGGUAAUGAGACUUGAACUCGGCAUCCAAGAACCACGGUCUCGGUUACCGAAACUUCAGAGGCUAAGAGAGAAAAGGGACAGAGCACUUACUCUUAAUAAAGAAGUAAGAAAUCAGACGGCCGUGGAGCAGCCCAGUUGUAGUGGCUCAGGCGACAAGCACAAUCUCUGGGAGAGCUCAGCCUUCAAGCUCAUAGCAUCCAUGUCAAUGUUGAUCCUAUUUACACUUGCAAAGCGAUGA